CAUUUCAUUACGUCCUAAACACAACCUAAAUUUCUAAAAUUAAUUAAUUAAUUAAGGAGAAAAAUGGGCACAUCACUUCUUCUUCUUGAUGGUUUCUGGCAGAUUGAUCACGAGAAAAGGGAAGGUGGGUGUGGGUCUGGUGUAAUGAAGUGAGUUGGUGGUGAAAGCAUUUCCCCCCCUUCCCCUUCCUUUUAGAAUAUUCAUCUUGAUAAAAUCUACUAACCAUGGUUAGAUAUUAACCAGAGAUCGUCAAACUCAACCACUUUUGAAACACCUAUAUGUACAAUUCAUCCCCCGUAUGACAGGCGUCCAUCUCCCCAUAGUUCCACGAGCUAUUCAUAUCAUAAAGCAUAACACUCUCUCAGCUUCGCUUCUCCUCUCUACUCUCUCUCAAACAUGAAGCUUAUCCCAAUACUGUUCCUAUUACCAAUACUUGGUCUUCAACUAAUUUCCCAAACUACCCUCUGUUCUUCUUCCUCUUGGCCUCUUUCUCUUUUUCUCUUUCUCUGUGCUCUCUCUCUCAACUACUGGAUCGUCCCUGGAGGCUUUGCAUGGAGGAAUUACCGUUACAUUCGCCAUCACGAUGAGAAGAAGCCCAUUAAACUUUCUGGCCCAAUGGGCUGGCCCAUCUUGGGGUCUUUGCCUCAAAUGGGCUCUCUUGCCCACCGUAAACUCGCCGCCAUGGCUGCUUCCCUUGACGCGAAACAGCUCAUGGCGUUUAGCCUGGGAGCCAACCCGGUGAUCAUCGCCAGCCACCCGGAGACGGCUCGGGAAAUUCUAUGCAACUCGGCGUUCUCGGACCGGCCCAUCAAGGAAUCAGCUCGCUCGCUCAUGUUCGAGCGCGCUAUUGGCUUCGCUCCGAGCGGCGAAUAUUGGCGCCGGCUCCGCAGGAUCGCAGCCGUCCACUUGUUCUGUCCACGGAGAAUCUCAGGGCUUGAAGGAACCCGACGGCGUGUGGCUGACGAAAUGAUGACAAGAGCGUGGAAGGAGAUGGAGGAGAAAGGGGUCGUGGAAGUGAGGGGAAUAUUACAGGAAGGGUCAUUGAUGAAUAUAUUGGAGGCUGUUUUUGGUAAUUGCACGCGUUCAAAAGGAGAGGAGCUAGGCCGCAUGAUCAAGGAAGGGUAUGAGCUAAUUGUUGAGUUCAAUUGGGAAGAUUAUUUUCCGUUCAAGUUUAUGGACUUUGGUGGAGUGAAGAGAAAGUGUCACAAAUUGGCAUGUAAGGUUAAUAGUGUUGUAGGUCAAAUUGUCGAAGAACGAAAAAGAAAUGUGACGUUGAAUGCAGAAGAAGAGAAUGAUUUUCUGGGCGCUCUCUUGUCCUUGCCCAAGGAAGAGAGGUUAAGUGAUUCAGAUACAGUGGCUAUUUUGUGGGAAAUGAUGUUUCGAGGAACAGAUACAGUUGCUAUACUUCUUGAGUGGAUUAUGGCUAGGAUGAUUUUACAUCAAGAUGUUCAAGCAAAAGCUCGUCAAGAAAUUGAUGACUGCAUUGGACGACAAUAUCCUGUGAGAGAUUCCGACAUCCCAAAGCUCCCUUACCUUCAAUCCAUAGUGAAAGAAGUUCUUCGACUACACCCACCGGGCCCACUUCUCUCAUGGGCCCGGCUUUCUGUACACGAUGUCCAUGUGGGUAAGUUCCUUGUGCCAGCUGGCACAACGGCAAUGGUAAACAUGUGGGCCAUAACACAUGACUCGUGUGUUUGGGAAGACCCAUGGGUCUUCAAGCCAGAACGGUUCAUGAAAGAGGAAGCGUCCAUCAUGGGGUCGGACCUGAGACUUGCACCGUUUGGAGCUGGGCGAAGGGUGUGUCCUGGAAGAGCACUAGGCCUAGCCACGGUUCAUCUCUGGCUCGCACAGCUUCUUCACCGUUUCAUAUGGCUUCCAGUAGAGCCAGUGGAUCUUUCAGAAUGUCUCAAGCUUUCACUUGAACCGAAAAAACCUAUCCGAUGUAAACUUGUUAGUAGAUUUAACACUAGGCCUUGAGCUCUGAACUUACCAUAUGAACUGUUUAAUUAUGCAUUUUUAGCAACGAAGAAGAAGGUAUGUUCAACAUAAUAAAGUUAUAUAAUAUUAAUAAAAUAUAAAAUAUAUUUGCCAAGGCUCUUUAUGUAUAAGCUGUCAAAAACAUGGUUCGUUGAUGGCAAGAAAAAUCUCAC